AUGGACCAGGCCGAUAUACCGGCGCUCCUCUCGCGCCUGGCUAGCGACGAGGAUGCCGCCCGCAAGAUGGCCGUCUUCAAGCUGCAGUCAUCCAUCAAUGAUCCCGCCUUCGCCGAUGUCUUCAUAUCUUCGGGUGGCCUCGUGAUCCUGCGCCGCCUCAUCAUGACCACUGGCGGCAACACCCUCGCCUACUCGUUACAAAGCCUGACGAGGCUGCUCGAGGUCGACAUGGGCUGGGACAUCUUCGAGGGUCCUUCGGCCGGCGACCUCGUUGAGCGCGUGGUCGAGCUCAUCGUUACCAACCCGCUCGUCAACAUUCUCCGCGGCGCCAUGAGCAUCCUGGUCGCCCUCGUCGGCCACAGUCAGUCCACCAGCCGCGGAGCCGCCGCUCGUUCCCCAGGUACCUUUGGCUUCCGCGCCCUCAAGCCCGCCGUCGCCGUCUACCCGCAGUUCUUCGAGCUGGUCAUCCAGCAGCUUCAGUCGGCCGAUCACGCACUAUGUGCCAAUGCCCUUGCGCUCAUAAACGCCCUCAUACGCGACGCUGUGUCCAACGACUCGAGCUCGACAAAGUCACCCUCGUCCACCAACGGAGGCGAGGAGUGGUCCAAGCUGAUCAAGCGCCUACAGGACCUCGGCCUGAUCAAGGCCGUCUUCAACCUCAUGCAGAGCUCUGCCCUGCAGGACCUCGCACAUCCGCUGAUUGAGUUUCAGUCCCUUACGAAGGCGCUGCUCCACCGGUGGAAGGAGGUCCGCGUCGACCUGGAGAGACCGGAACACCGCAGGGCUCUCAAGGGUCUGCACCUGGCGAGCGCCCCCGAUCGCCAGCACGCCACCGCCACCGGCAGCGGUCCCGAUACUAGCGGUUCGGACGGUCCACCGGCGGUUCCGGAAAAGACGAGCAGGAGACACAAUCCCGAAAAGUGGCGACGCCUUGGUUUCGAGACGGAGAGUCCCGCCAUCGAAUUCGAGUCCACGGGGUUUCUGGGAAUGAUGGACCUGACAGACUAUGUGCGCAAGAACGAGGAGGGCUUCCAGAAGUUGCUCCUCGAACAGGCGACCCGACCCAUGGAGGAGCGCUGCCCCAUCGCGCGCGCCAGCUUUGCCGUCAGCAUGGUCCUUUACGAGCAUUUUGAGGUCGACAAGGCCGACAGCGAAGAUUUGAGGGCGUACCAGACGCUGGAGCCGGGAAGUAAGAGCCAUGACAGGCUCUUCAGGCCACUGCUGCUGCAGUGGUCUCGACUGCACACGGCCGGAUUGCAUGCAUUCUUUCGCCUGUGGAAGGCUACAGGCGCAAAGCGUGACGACUUUGACAAGGUGGCGGAGUUGGUUAGGAUCUUGAUCGAGCAGGUGGUAGGACAGGCGCCGCGAACCAAGGACGUACUGGAGGUUGAGGACGAGCUGCAGGAAUUCAGUUGUGCCCGGCUACGAGAGCUUCAGAUGAGCCUUCUCGAGCUCUCGUUUGAGGACCAGUGGGGCCAGCACAUGUACCAGGUACGAGAGGACCUGAAGCACGAGGCGCUGCAGUUCGUCAAGGAGCAGCGGAUCCGCUGUCUGCUCCACGGCUCGUGGUUCACGCGCCCGAUCCCUAAGCGCGACCAGCAGCCGCAACACACCCGGCAGGACAGCAAUGUGACGAAACGCCGGCUGUACGAGGCUAAAGCGUGGAGGUUCGCCAAGCUCUCCCACAACAGGCGGUUCCUCCACUACGCCGACUUUGCCAUGCAAACGCCUCAAGAUCCAGGCCUGGAAAACCUGACGGAGAAGGUGGACCUGGGCACCAUCAGCUCCGUGGUGUCCAACGUUUCGGCGCCGAGCGAGGACGCGCGCAGCACCUCGAGCUCCUCUACGCUCCGCAACGGGGCCGGCGCCCCUAAUGCCACCAACAGCAACAACACCACACCGCCCAAAGCAACCACCAAGAUCACAAUCUACAGCUACGUGAACGCGGAGGAGGCGGCGCGCGGGGGGGACGCCAAGGAGCAGGCGAUUGUGACGCUGUACCCGCUCAACCACUCGCUCGCGUCCGAGUGGCUUGACGGGUUGCUGAUGCUGCUCAACCAGCAGCCCAUCACUUCCGAGACCAACAAGCUCGUCACCCUCGUCAGCGACUACGGGCUGAAGAUCAGGCUGCUAAACGUUAGGGUCGAGGCCGUCUAUCAGGGACCCGCUCCGGGCGCGGGUGAGGUGCCGAGCCGGGAGGGGCUGGAUGAAAAUUACUACUACGAGGUUUGA